AGUGCUGCCAGACCCCCCGCCAUGGGUCAAGCCGCGCAUGUGUAAUGGAUGGCAAAUACAGUUAUGUGUAUUAUGGGCGCUUAAUUUUGGCGGGCCCAGUACUCUCAGUACAGAGGAUAUCUCAGUAGUAUUUUUGCCAAAUAAAAUAUUUUUCUUAAUUACAGAAAAAUGUGUAUUUUUUAUCAUUAUGUGAACAUUCUACUCUCUACUUAUCCACGCACACCUGAGUGUGUAGUCACAAGAGUCUACAGAUUUGUGAUACGUUACUGUAUUUCAACUCGUAAGCGCAUGCGUCGGCCUACCGUGCCGGGCAACCCGGCAAAAUCUGGCAGCUCUGUUAAGUGCAUCCGUCGCGACGCCAUCUAGAGCCUCGAGAGUUCAGUGAUUAAACGUUAACCUAUAUGUCGAGGUUUGUGUUGAUUUAAAAAAAAUAAAAAAAAAUUUGUGUUGAUUUUAUUUGUGAGGAGAUAGUAGGUUUUAUUAAUUUAGAAAGAAUGGGGCGCAGCGAUAACAAAGCGCCUAAUAUUCAGUUUAAAAAGAAGAAGACGAAACCUUUGAGGAAACGCGAGACUCUCUCGGAUGACAAUGUCAGAAAUUUAUUUCAAGGAGAAAGGAGAGAUGAAGAUUCAGAAACUCCACGAGCGACCAACUGGCGUCGAUAUUGUUUGGCGUUCUGAGAAAACGUCUCGUCCGAUAUGUUGACGUCGGAUCCCUUUAAUGAAAACCGGAAGAAUGAUGAAUAUGGCUGCGCUGAAGAAUAUAAAACAAGCUCAAUGAUGCAUGACACUGACAUUGGAAAGCAAUUUAACACAGAGAUCUAUAAACGCAACGAGGACGAAGAAAUGGUCAAGUAUAUAGAAGAAUUGUCCAAAGCGCAAAAUAAUAACGUGCAGCGAAUAGUAUGAAUAAUGAUAAGGGAUCACAUUGUUCACCAGAGAAAACAGCGUUGUGUGUGGUACUGCAAUAUUUGAGGCAAAGCUCAACCAAUUGUAGCGAGGAAAUGCUUUUGAAUCAAAUGUUAUCUGGUCCAGAAGUCGAUCUUGGCAUAGAGUGGCUAGGAGGAAAGCCAGCAUAGCCACGAUAUCUCGGCCAAUGGGUAGCACACAGGAUAUGACAAAGAACACCGUGAGGCAGUGAAAUUCUGUUUCUGGACGUAGGAUUCGCAGGAGGCCAUCUUUCAGCUCCGAAUCUCCGAAAUGGGAGAUUGAAAAACUAGAUCGUACUGAGUUAGUAAUAUUAUUGUGGACUUAGAUCUCUUUUUAUAAAUAUCUUGCAUUAGUAUUUAAAAUAUCUAUUGAUCCUUAUGAUACAAUCAUUAUAUGUUUUCAUUAAAAAAAUAAAAAUUGGAAGAGAUAUUUUUUUAUACUUAAUUGAGGAGAACAUUGUAAUUUGUGAUUAUUUUUUGAAAAUUUUUACAAAAAAUUAAUAUUUAUAUAAAACAUUAGAAACUCCUACAAAUUUUUUCUUUCAGUAAAUAUUUUUAUAUAUUUUAUAUAUUUAUAGAAUUUUUCUGUCAUGAUUGCUGAGUAAUCAUAGAAAUUAACCAAUAGAUUAUGAAUAUAGAUAACUGUUUGGUAAAAUUGUUUUAUAGUAUAUAUAAUUACACAUGAUUAUGCAUAAUCAUAAAAACAUAUUUGAUGUAUAAUUAUAAUGUACACUUUAUAUAGAUGUAAAAAUCAAUAGUUUAUAUGAAGAAUUUCAGAAAAGAUGCGAUUUCCUUAACAUGUAUGAAAAAUAUUUCAAUUCGUAUAAAUAAAUAUGAGAAAUUUAUUUUUAAUUGUAAAAUUAUACAAAAAAUCUAUAAAUUCUAAAAAAUUCUAAAAUUUCUAAACUUUUUACUAAGAAAAAUUAUAGUUUAUAAUUCAAAAUAUAUACAUGUUCAAUGAUGCUGCUGAUUGUUAGCCACGCAACGUUCACUCGAUAAACUAGCUAGCUGCUUCGAGUCUGUUAAAACUCCUCUCUUUUAGCUCUUGCGAUAAACGAUUCUCAGUUUUGGACAAGAAUUGGCGGGAAUUCUACCUUUCUGUUCUGCAUAUAGGUUAAGAUUUCGUUAUCAUAGCGCUAUUUAUUAAAAUACAUAAAUAUUUAAAUAUUAGAUCUGUGUUUUUGUGAGAAAUUCAAGUAAAGACUUAAUUACCCAUGGCGAAAACAAUGUGCGAACGAAAUAAUUCUAAGAGAACGUCGUACAUUGAUUGGGAUGAAUAUUUCAUGGCUAUUGCAUUCCUUUCUGCAAAACGGAGUAAAGAUCCUUGCACCCAGGUCGGCGCGUGUAUCGUUAAUAGUGACAAAAAAAUUGUUGGAAUUGGAUACAAUGGAAUGCCCACGGGAUGCAGUGAUGAUGAGUUUCCUUGGAAUAAGGGUCCCCACACUAGUUUAGAUGCAAAAUAUCUUUAUGUGUGUCAUGCGGAAGUUAAUGCAGUUCUCAAUAAAAAUUCCAGCGAUGUUAAAGACUGCAUGAUAUACGUUGCUUUAUUCCCGUGCAACCAGUGCGCGAAAGUAAUAAUACAGUCUGGUAUAAAAACUGUAAUAUACAUGUCCGAUAAAUAUGCUCAUAAAGUUGAAACGAUAGCUGCAAAAAGAAUGUUUGAUGCUGCAGGUGUAAAAUAUAGGCAAUACAUCCCAAAGAAUCAAAAAAUAGAAAUUAAUUUCAGCGAUAUUAACUGGACUGAGAUGAACCAAUUACCACAAACUCCAACAAAAUCAGAAGAUUAAAAAAAUGAGAAUUACAUGAGAAUAAAAUCAUUAUACUUAUUUAUAUAUUUGUAUCUUGCAUGAAUAAAUCUAAUUGAAUAAUA